AUGGUCCGCUUCAAAAACAGAUACAUCGUCUUCACGAUACAGCCGCACGACGGCGGGGACGACAAGCAGGCGGCGUGGAAGAACACGCACGUGUCCAACGCGAUCAAACGGAAGGUGCAGCAGUUGUACGGCGACGUGGGCACCGCGGCGAUAAGGGACGGCUUCGACGCGAAAUAUUGCAACGCGCAAACGAAGAUCGCGAUAGUGAGGCUCAGGCACGGGCCUCACAAAUUCGCGCUGCACGCUAUUCCGCUGAUAAACGACGUGGGCGAGCGACGGGUGAGGACGAGGAUCCUCCACGUGGCAGCGACACUGAAACACUGUUUUCUCUUCGUCAGGGUAAGAGUACGACAUUCGUCCGUCUCGUGCCCGCGUUUAGUUGACGAGGAAAGGUUCACUCUGCCUUCUUCUCCUCUUCAGAAAUAUCAGGAACAAACGCUGGAACAAUUGUGGUCGAAACUACCGACGGAAGCAGAGAGGAGGCGGAUGGAGGUCGCGCUAAUGACCUUGACGCCCGCUACGAGGGACCUCACGUAA